UUCUUCAUUUUACACAUUUGGCUUUAUGCAAGCAUCGAACUAAGGAUGGCAAAAAUGAGUCUCUCUUCCUACAUAUUAAUGCUGACUUUUUCUUUGUUUUCUCAAGGUAUUUUACUUUCAGCUUCCAAGUCCAUAAGAAAUGUAGAAGAUGACAUGGUAUUUGAUACAUUUAGGAUGGGAAAAGCCUUUCAGAAGGAGGAUACUGCAGAAAGAUCAGUUGCUGCUCCUUCUCUGGAACAAUAUAAAAAUGAUGACAGCAGUUUCAUGAACGAUGAUGAAAACAAAAAUUCAAAGAACACAGGCUCCAAACAGAGCCUCGUAAGUCAUGGUCUGCCACUGAAUCUGGCUAUAAAACCUUAUCUCGCUCGGAAAGGGUCAGGAGCUUUUCCAGCUGAGAACGGACUUCAGAACCCUGAGUCAGCACAAGAAAAGAGAGAAAUCGGGGAUGAAGAAAACUCAGCUAAAUUUCCUAUAGGAAGGAGAGAUUUUGACAUGCUCAGGUGCAUGCUGGGAAGAGUCUACCGACCCUGCUGGCAAGUCUGAAACCUGCUGGUCCACAUCAUCCUUUCAGAAGAAAAUAACUCAUUGCAAAUGGAGAGCAAAGCCCUUAAUGUUGAUAUGACUUAUAUAUUAUCCCAAAUGUCUGUUUUUAAAUAGCUAAGAUACGUAAUCAUCUAAAUGAUGUGCUUUGACUUGUGCAUUAAACUUCAUAAAGAU